AUGCCUGCCAAAGUGCCCUCCCACUACCCUGUGGACGAGACCGAGUCUGGCUAUGCCAGUGCUUCAUCCAGUGAAGCCAGCCUGCCUGAGGUCAUCUUCACCAAGGCCCACCUUCAGUUUCUGAACCGACAGCUGCAGUUUCUUGAGCCUCAGGAUGUCUUGAGAUGGUGCAUCACUACUCUCCCCAACCUUUACCAGACCACAGCCUUCGGUCUCACAGGCCUAGCUAUCACCGAUAUGCUGUCCAAACUUAAUGUUCCUCGCCCCCAAGUGGUCGACCUGAUCUUUUUGGAUACUCUACAUCACUUCAAGGAGACUCUUUCUCUUGUGGAUCGUGUCCGUCAACGCUACCCUAACAUCAACAUCCAUGUGUACAAGCCUCUUGGCGCCGAGACAGAAGAAGAAUUCGCGAAGAAAUAUGGCGAACGCCUUUGGGAAACGGACGAUGAGCGAUACGACUGGCUUGCCAAAGUCGAGACUGCUCAGCGUGCGUACCGCGAACUCAAAGUCGAUGCAGUCUUAACGGGUCGCCGACGAAGCCAGGGUGGCAAGCGAGGCGAUUUGGAUGUCCUUGAGAUCGACGAGGCUGGCCUCAUCAAAGUCAACCCAUUGGCCAACUGGACUUUCGACCAGGUCCGCCAGUACGUCAAGGAGAACGACGUACCGUACAAUGAGCUCCUUGACAAAGGCUACAAGAGCAUUGGCGACUAUCAUUCGACCAAGCCCGUCAAAGCAAAUGAGGAUGAGCGAUCAGGUCGUUGGCAGGGCCAGGCCAAGACCGAGUGUGGCAUCCACAACCCGCGGUCGAAGUAUGCUCAAUAUCUGCAAGAGAUGGAGCGCAAGCGACAGGAAGAAGUUAUUGCACAGGCAUUUGAGAAGGCUCAGGUGACGACAAGUGAAGCCUGA